CACGCCCCACCCCAAGUCGAAUUUCUGGCCAUGGCAAGUCCCACUCCGAUCCCAAGUUCCUCCCAGCACCAUGGCCGCGCAACAUGUGCGAGCCUGUCAACCGCUAGAAACACUACGAAGGCUGCUAGUCAUAGUAGUAGACCCGGGGUCGGAGUCGGCAGGCGUGCCUCUGAUGCGUCGGCACUGGUAGUGCAGCAGCUGUCCGCCAUGCUUCAGAGGUACCUUCCUGCCGCCGGCGCCGCCGGCGGCAAGAGCGGCAAGAGGCGCCGCGACCCGAUGCACAUCAGCAUCGUCGUCCUGUCCUCCGAACACGAAUCGACCACCCGCGCCGGCCAGAAUCCGAGUGUCGGCGACGAUUCAGUUCUGAAGGGCUCGGGACCUGCCAGUGAAGGUUCUCUGCAGAAAUCGCCUACACCCAAGGCCUGUAGUGCUGCUGCGUUGAACAAGAGGCAAAGAACCGGCACUGACUGCCGCUGCCGCCGCCUUGAGCUGCUCGGCUCUUUGGGUCCGGGCCAUGAUGAAGACGAUGAACCCGAUUUUGGGGACAGACAUGUCAAAAUGAUCCCCAUGAGCGCUCCUUCCGCCGCUGAAGGCAUGACGACACAUCCGCAUGAGCCUGGGAGGACACCCCAAAGUCGAAGCUCGGCCUACAGCGGCUCUGCCGGCGCCGGACCUGCUGCAUCGUCGCUCCCGGGAAGCACUCCAAAAGACGGCGCUGCUCCUUUGGAUCCCUCAGUGCAUACUGCUACUAUGCUGCACACACCACAAUUGGCGACAACGCAGCACGCAUCGCAAUUGCCGACACCGCAGCACGCAUCACAAUUGCAGACUACAGCUGAGAUCGUGCCUGAAGGUACACUGGGGGCACCCGCUUGGAGAAAGACUUUUCCCAAACAGGAGGGGUACGUUGGGGUCCGGAAACGCAGGGGGAAAUGGGGUGCCGAAAUUAAGAACACAGCUGCGAGCAAAAGGGUUUGGCUGGGGACGUUUGACACGGCAGAAGAAGCUGCACACGCGUAUGACGCUGCCGCCAGGAAACUGCGAGGGCCGCAUGCUUGGACCAACUUCCCACUUGUUGCUGAUGACUCGGACUCCCAAGGAAGGGAUCAGAAAGGACUUGAACCUGGUUCCCCCAACUCUGCGACACCGCUGCCAGUUGCUGCGAGCUCGGGCUCACUCAGAUCGGCGCUGUCAGGAGAGGCUGCCGGCUGCAAUCAUGCUCAAACGGAUCCCGCCGAUUUAUCCACCAGAAGAGAAGAGGGAGGGAGGAGAGAGCUGAAUUGGGUUGGGCAGCAACCAAUACAGGGGCCAGGGGUAUAUGGCGCAUCACACAAUUGUCCAGAGUUGGAGAGAGGCUCUGAACCCAAGGAGGUCAGCAUAGAAGGGGAGAGCUUUGUUGUGGUCUCUGCUGCCGCCGUUGGGAUUGGUGGAAGAGAGGUGUCGGUAGAGGAAGAACAGGAGGGAACGUGCAUGCUGCAGCAAAUGCAGGUGAAGAAUCACCAGAGGGAAGAAAUGCUUCCGGAGCAAUGGGAGGUACAGGAAUCCAGUGCUCUGCUGGUUGAGGUGCCACCUGAGCAGCAUCAGAAUGGUACAACAAUUGCGGCGGUGUUUCAGCCAUGGGCACAAGGUGAUGGCAUCAAUGAGGUUUUCAAUGAAUGGGAGCGUGCACCGAAUGCCCCAGCUAUAAAUGAGUGCAUCCCAGUCUUUGACGGCAAUGAGCUGGUGGGCCCCUUGGUACCUGACAACACCCACGCCGCUCUUUGCAUCGCUGCUGAUGACAGCGGAGCAGCUGACCCUAAUGAUGAUGCACCUCUACAUGCCUUGCUCUCCCAGGAUGUUCUCCCCGCGGGGGGCUCACAGCUAUUCCCAGAUUGGCACAUUCUUGAGAACAACCCCCAAUCUAGGGGAUUCAGUGAGGAAGAAUGCCAGUGGUUAACAGAAGUCAUUUCGAUCCAUGGGAUCCAGGCAUAGUGUUUGAACCUUGUUACAAGGCUACAUUCAUCAUACUCAUGUGUAGCUUUUCCCCUCUCCCUGUCUCCGUUCCUCCAUUUCCCCCGCGGCCCCUUUCUCCUUCCCUCAUGCCACCCUACCGCAUGCUGCCAUAUUUCUCUACAUGCAUGUGGCUCUUGUUAGAAUCACGCAGAAAUAGUUGAAUUGGAAGGGAGAAGGGGGGAUGCAAGUACACAAGGGUUAUGCUCCCUAUUAGCUGAUCUAGCUGG